CCCUGGCUAUGGCUCUAUCAGCCGCAAUGAGCUCCCGUAUUUUGAGUUGAGUGUUGUUUGUCGGCUUCCCAUCGUUAUCAGGUUUCAAACAGAUCGUCCCAAACCCAAAGGAUUUCGGCUUAGUUGCUUCGCAGUCAUCGCCGUGAUCAGUUCGCUAAUCAGAUCGAGUUCAGUUGAGUUUUCCUGUGAAAUAUAAAGUGGAAUAUUAUUGAGUCGCAUCAACUAUGAGUUGUCCCGUAGGAAACCAUAAUGGAGACCCCCAAGGCGGCCAAAGACUUGGAUCGGAAGCUGGCAUGUUGUACGGAGAAUACCUCAUGCUGGACAAAGUACUCAGCGCUCAAAGAAUGCUUUCGGUGGAAAGCAACAAACCGGUACACGAUGAACAUCUUUUCAUUGUUACUCAUCAGGCCUACGAACUGUGGUUCAAGCAGAUAAUAUUCGAACUGGACUCCAUUCGCAGCCUGUUUAGCACGGAACAUAUGGAAGAAUCGAGAACGUUAGAAAUUCUGAAACGGCUCAACCGAAUCGUAAUGAUUCUUAAGCUAUUGGUGGACCAGGUGCCCAUUUUGGAAACAAUGACCCCUCUCGACUUCAUGGACUUCCGUGAUUUCCUGUCUCCCGCUUCCGGCUUCCAAAGCUUGCAGUUCCGUUUGUUGGAGAACAAACUGGGCGUAAAAACGGAGCACCGCGUCAAGUAUAACCAAAAAUAUUCGGAAGUGUUCGCCAGCGAUCCGUGUGCCAUCGAGAGACUUUCAAUCACCGAGAGCGAACCGUCCUUGGCCGAUCUGGUGCAGAAGUGGCUCGAGCGUACACCGGGACUGGAAACCAAUGGGUUCAACUUUUGGGGCAAAUUUGAAGAGAGCGUUGAACAGCUGCUGGCUGACCAGGAAGCAAGUGCUAUGGAGGAAGAACACGAAAACGUGAAGAACUACCGUCUGAUGGACAUUGAAAAACGCCGGGAAGUGUACAAGUCGAUCUUCGAUGCAAGUGUUCAUGACGCGCUGGUUGCACGCGGUGAUCGUAGAUUUACACAUCGUGCUCUGCAAGGUGCAAUUAUGAUCACUUUCUACCGCGAUGAGCCGAGAUUCAGCCAACCGCAUCAACUGCUAAUGCUACUGAUGGAUAUCGAUUCUUUGAUUACCAAGUGGCGAUACAAUCAUGUGAUCAUGGUGCAGAGAAUGAUCGGUUCCCAGCAGCUGGGUACUGGCGGAUCAUCGGGAUAUCAAUAUCUUCGAUCCACUCUCAGCGAUCGCUACAAAGUAUUCAUCGAUUUGUUCAAUUUGUCUACUUUCCUGAUUCCACGUGGCUCAAUUCCACCACUUACCUGCGAAAUGCAAAAGGCGUUGAAUCUAGCUUGGGGAUCGCCGGUGCAUCAAGCUAAGCAAAUCAACUAUGCUGCGAAAUGAAAAUGAUAGUUAUUUCUGCAAUCCUACUUAAGGUUGUUUGCCUAUAUGAUAGGUGCAGACAACACAAAGUGCUGAAUCUCUACGUAAUAAUCGAAUUUGAUGAAUAUAAUUGACCAAACAGCACCACAA